AUGAUUCCGAAGGAGGAGGCCCAGCGGCCAAAGGAGGAGGUAGGAGAGUCGCGGAAGGCGUUAAAAGAGUGCGGGGAGAACAAAGAGAACGGUUUCAGCGGGUCCGUAACUAGCUAUGAAAAUGCCGAGGGAGUUAAAGUCUUCAAAAUCGUGAAUCUGGUGGAGAUUGCUAAGAAAGAGCCCGAUGAGCUAGUGGAUUUAGUACAGGUGACCUCGCUUAAUCGGGGUCAGAAGAAGGCUGUUCGCAAGGAUAGUGGUGCUAGUGACAAUGUGGAGGCUCAGACGGAUGGGGCAUACCAGCAUUGUUUGGUGUGUAACGCUGUCCUUUCUGAGAACUGUUUUAGUAUCUUCUGCUCCCAGUGCUUGAUUAUUGAAAGUUUAGAUUAG